UCUCCGCUGGUCCCGCAGCCGCUCCGGCGCUUUUCCUCCUCCUCCUCCAGCUGCGAGAUGCGCGAGUUCCUCUCCCGGGCGAGAAGUUGAGCCGGGCAGGGCUGCGAAGGGGGCUGCUGGGCUGGCUCGCCUGUGCAGGAGCCAUGGGGCGCCCGGGCAGCCUCUGGUUCUGGGUCUCGCUCUCCGGCUACCUGGUCUCCGAGGUGUCAGGGAUUCCUCAUGAAUGCAGUAUCAUCUUGGCCAUUGAAUCCGAACGUGAGAAAUGCUUGGGAUACGCGGAGUUGGAUAACCAGACUUCAGGUUGCCGGAGUGUGUUUGAUAACAUCACUUGCUGGCCUGCGGCAAAUGAAGGUGAAAUUAAAGUGAUAUCCUGUCCAACCUACUUCACCAUGUUUUCGACUGUUCAGGGUAACGUGAGUAGGAACUGUACGAGCAACGGCUGGUCUGAAUUGCAGCCGGCUACCUACAUCGCCGCUUGUGGAUACGAUCCCAACACCACAGCCCCGGCUGAGACCAUCUUUUAUGGCAGUGUGAAGACCGGCUACACCAUCGGGCACAGCUUAUCUCUCGUUGCUCUAACAUUGGCUAUGAUCGUCUUGUGCAUUUUCAGGAAGCUGCACUGCACGCGUAACUACAUCCACAUGCAUCUUUUCAUGUCUUUCAUCAUGAGAGCGAUCGCUGUCUUUGUCAAGGACGUCAUUCUCUUUGAGAGCGGAGAAUCGGACAACUGCCACGUGAGCACGGUUGGCUGCAAGGUGGCUAUGGUCUUCUUCCAGUAUUGCGUCAUGGCCAACUUCUUUUGGCUCCUAGUCGAAGGUUUGUACCUUCAUACCCUUCUGGUCAUCUCCUUCUUUUCAGAGAAGAAGUACUUCUGGUGGUACAUCCUGAUUGGCUGGGGGGCGCCAACGUUGUUUACCAGUGCUUGGGCCUUCACAAAGGUUCACUAUGAUGAUGUUGGUUGCUGGGACUUAAUUGAGCCUCAUUACUGGUGGAUCAUCAAAGCUCCAAUCCUGGUUUCUAUAUUGGUCAAUUUUAUUCUCUUCAUUUGCAUUAUCCAAAUCCUUGUGCAGAAACUUCACUCUCCAGACGUCGGCCGAAACGAAACGAGCCAGUAUUCGAGACUUGCAAAAUCGACCCUUCUUCUGAUCCCUCUCUUUGGCAUCCAUUACAUCAUGUUUGCCUUCUUCCCUGACACCGCCAAGAAGGAGAUCCGGGAGGUCAGAUUGGUCUUUGAACUUGUGCUGGGUUCUUUCCAGGGUUUUGUGGUGGCCAUCCUAUAUUGCUUCCUCAACGGAGAGGUUCAAGCCGAACUCAAGCGCAAGUGGCGCAGGUGGCACAUGGAGAGGUUCCUGGGCUCCGACCUGAAAUACCACCAGCCUUCCUUGGGAAGCAGCGGCACCAAUUUCAGCACCCAAAUCUCCAUGCUAACCAAGUGCAGUCCAAAGACGCGCCGGUGCUCCAGCUUCCAGGCUGACUUGUCCCUGGUUUGAGACCAGACCCAGCUGAGCGAGUGACAGACAGCUGGGAGGGGAGAGGAGAAGGAUCGCGCCGCUGGAGGCUUCCGUUCAGAGAGGAAAAAUUAUUUUUUAAGACCGCACACGCUUUCGCUCGUCCAACCAAGGGCAAAAUACUGGAAAAAGCCCCCUUUGGGUCUUGAUUGAGGGGAUGUAUACAUGGAUGGACUCUUCUCAGAUCUUUGACUAUAAGCUUCAGAACCGUUUUUGAACAUCACACGCAUUACCGACAAGGAGAAAACCUGGCUUUCUUUGCAAGGACCCGUAGUAGACUUUGCCGGAACAAGCCUUUCAACAAACAGAAUUUUAAAAUAAUAUAUGAGCCAGUGACAAAAGGAUUUGUGACCUGAUAGGCAAAGGGUUUGCAGGAGAUCUUUGGUACGGAGAUACGCUGCUUAUCAACCAAAAGCUAUCCUCAUUAAAUAAACUUCAGAAGUCAUCUUGACUCCAGAGCCAAUGACCCCUUUCUCUGUUCUUUUUGCUAUCAGAAGCUUUCAGUGUGGCCUAAUACAUCGUUCUGCUAGCAAUGGAGAUGUCACGGUUGGUUUUGUGCCUUUGUCAGAGACUAGCUGAGAUAAACAAGUGUGGGUCCGACUGAGGACCCAGGCCAAAUGUACCAGCUUUAUAGGAGCAGGAGGGACCGUAUUGACCUCUGGUAUCAUCUGAUCUUGCUGUGAUGGCACCUGCAAAUCCCAAUGUUAAGACGCUUCCCUAGAUAUCUGUGCAUAAGGGGGGGGUUUCCCCCAGAAAAGGUGAUAAGAGAAAACGUAACGGAAGGUGAACACACGAAGCCACCUUAUGCUGAGACACAUGUUUGAUCAGUCAAGUUCUCCAGGGUCUCUGGUGCAGAUCUUUGUAGCACCCACUACCAGAUUUUUGCAUCAGGAGAUGACGGAGAUGCAGGGGGGGCGCUUUCUUAUGAUCUUAGAUGGCAGCAAUUGUAUUAGAGGAUUCGGAAGAGGUGACUUUAAGUCUCUUUACAUGAGACGCCUUGGCGUGUGUUCAUCAAGUAUAUGGAGAUGCAGUGUUAGCUGGGAAGCGUAGUUGUAAAAGACAGAGCCAGCAGAGAUCGCUCCUCAGAGGGUGUGUUAAUUUCAUCUCCACCUCCAGAAGGCUCUGUCAAUGUCACCUCUCCAGUCUAAAACUGUGCCAGGAAGCAUAGAUUGCUCCUCAGAGGAUUUGUUAAUGUCAUCUUCUCCUCCCCGAAGGCUCUGUCAAAUUCACCUCUCCAGUCUAAAACGGUGUGGGAUGGCAACCAGAGGGCAGCGAGGAAUGGAAAUGGGCUGGAGCUGCCUUCCAGAGCUGGGCUUGGACCCGGAGAGGUUAUAAUGGGCUGAAGUUUCCCUUCUGGCAUUUCACAGCCCCUUCACACAGCUCCAGUGUAUAGCAAAGCCUUUGCCCUGUCAUCAGCUCUGUCUUUUUAAACUACCGUUCCCGGCUAACAUUGCUUCUCCCGAACGUGUUCUUCACGUGUCAGAUGUCUCUUAUACAGAGACUCCUAGAAAUAUUCUGAAUAAAUAAAUAAUAGAGAUCCCAGCCACUUGCAAGGGGGAAACCUUGAGCAGCAAAAUCCACUUCUCGCUCCGACCAUAAUCUGAGCAGUGGAUCAGCCAUCAGGAAUGUCUUGUGCCUUCCUGAUCUAUUCAGUGAUGAGGAUCUAUUGAAUCCUAAAGGAAACUUCAUAAUAGUCGUUAUAUGCAUAGUGGUAUAUUGGACACACCCCACCCCCAAGAUGGCAUCCCUUCUAAUAUGAUCACUGUAGAAAGAUCUUAGAUGCAACCCUCUGGCGCCACCACUAUUUUUUACAUCCAGAAGAGUUAGUCGUGUUAGUCAGUAGUAGUAGCAAAAUAGUAAAGAGUCCAGUAGCACCUUUAAGACUAACCAACUCUACUGUAGCAUAAACUUUCAAGAGCCACAGCUCUCUUCAUCAGAUGCGUUGUCAGCUUUCGAGAGCCACAGCUCUCUUCAUCAGAUGCGUUGUCAGCUUUCAAGAACCACAGCUCUCUUUGUCAGAUGCAUCAUCAGCUUUCGAGAACCACAGCUGUCUUCGUAAAAAUGCAUCGAUGCAUCUGGUGAAGAGAGCUGUGGUUCUCGAAAGCUGCCGAUGCAUCUGACAAAGAGAGCUGUGGCUCUCAAAAGCUUAUGCUACAGUAGAGUUGUUUAGUCUUCAAGGUGCUACUAGACUCUUUACUAUUUUACUAUUUUUUACAGACAUUUUUUAGCAAGAGAUUGCUGCUGGCAAGGGAAAGGAGUGAUUCGCCACUUUCUUCAUCCAGGGGUGGGAAGGUGAAUUUCCCUAAGUGGAGCUGGACUUUCCUAACCCAUCUUCUGGGACUACCAACUCUGUUCCCUCACCAGGUUGGCUAAGGAGACUGUGUUCCACCAGCUGAAGAAGUUGCCCAUCUUCGCUGUAAAUGUAUUCGGGCAGUCCAAGGGUUCACACACACCCUCGGCUACCACUAACAUGAAUUGCAUGGAACAGGCUCUGUGUCCAUUUGUCCUCUGUCACUGACAUUGCAAACAACGUACAGGUGUCGAUUCCAAAAACCAAGUAAGGAAAAUGAGAGGAGGCUUGGACAUUUUUAAUUAAAUGAACUCUCUAACCUUUCAAACCACCUGGCUUUCAAGAGUGUGUGUUUCCGCCUGGCUAAAAAGGAAGAAACCCGAGUCGUAUUAAGCACGGCUUGCCCUUGACUGUUCUUGCUAGAUAUGCCAGAAACUCUGCUCUCUUGUAAAUAUUCCAGGAACGUACUGUUUCGGAAGCAGCGUUGAUUGACUGUCCCAUUUAGUGUCCACUUUCCGUUGACUGUUUCUCAAUGUGAAGAUGUUCGCCAUCUGUUCUUGGCGGGUCUCUUGGCGAUUGCAGACAUGGAGCCUGCUCGGUUUCUAAUGACUUUAUGUUAUUUAUUUAGACAGACUUGGAACUGUAAAUAUGUGGCCAAUGGUUUCCUUACCUUUAUAUGGGUUCAUCUCAGAAGAAAUUUUUUUUUCCGUUUCAAAAUGGCGGCAGGGGAGGGGAAACUCCUUCUGUGACUACCACUGUUGAAAGCAAAUAA